GGCGGGCAGAGACGCAGAGCCUUGCCGGUGGCUUACACAGUGGCAGUAGCUUGGCCAGGCCAUGACGGCGGAGAAGGCUCUGCCCCUGGGCAACGGGAAGGCGGCCGAGGAGGGGAGAGAGGCCGAGGCUCCGGGCAGCGGUGGGGGGUGCACGGUGGCAGCUACGCGCGAACCCCGAGACAAGGCGGUCCAUGAGCGGGGCCACUGGAACAACAAGGUGGAAUUCGUGCUGAGCGUGGCCGGAGAGAUCAUCGGGCUGGGCAACGUGUGGCGCUUCCCCUACCUGUGCUACAAGAACGGAGGAGGUGCUUUUCUGAUUCCCUAUGUGGUGUUUUUUAUCUGCUGUGGGAUUCCUGUGUUUUUCCUGGAAACAGCUCUGGGGCAGUUCACCAGUGAAGGUGGAAUUACCUGUUGGAGAAAAGUGUGCCCUUUAUUUGAAGGCAUCGGCUAUGCCACACAGGUGAUCGAGGCCCACCUCAAUGUCUACUAUAUCAUCAUCCUGGCCUGGGCCAUCUUCUAUCUGAGCAACUGCUUCACCACGGAGCUCCCCUGGGCCACAUGUGGCCAUGAGUGGAACACAGAACGCUGCGUGGAGUUCCAGAAGUUGAAUGCCAGCAAUCACAGUCAUGUGGCCCUGCAGAACGCCACCUCCCCUGUCAUGGAGUUUUGGGAGCGCCGCGUGCUGGCCAUCUCAGAUGGGAUUGAGCACAUCGGGAACCUUCGUGGGGAGCUGGCGCUGUGUCUCCUGGCAGCCUGGACCGUUUGCUACUUCUGCAUCUGGAAAGGGACCAAGUCGACGGGCAAGGUCGUGUACGUCACAGCCACCUUUCCCUACAUCAUGCUGCUGGUCCUCUUAAUCCGGGGAGUGACGCUGCCUGGUGCCUCGGAGGGCAUCAAGUUCUACCUGUACCCUGACCUCUCCCGGCUGUCCGACCCACAGGUGUGGGUGGACGCUGGCACACAGAUCUUUUUCUCCUACGCCAUCUGCCUGGGCUGCCUGACGGCACUGGGAAGUUAUAACAACUACAACAACAAUUGCUACAGGGACUGUAUCCUGCUUUGCUGUCUAAACAGUGGCACAAGCUUCGUGGCUGGCUUCGCUAUCUUCUCCGUCCUGGGCUUCAUGGCAUACGAGCAGGGGGUGCCCAUUGCCGAGGUGGCAGAGUCAGGUCCCGGCCUGGCCUUCAUUGCCUAUCCCAAGGCGGUCACCAUGAUGCCAUUGUCCCCUCUGUGGGCAACCCUCUUCUUCAUGAUGCUCAUCUUCCUGGGCCUGGACAGCCAGUUCGUGUGCGUGGAGAGCCUGGUGACAGCCGUGGUGGACAUGUACCCCAAGGUUUUCCGCAGGGGCUACCGGCGGGAGCUGCUCAUCCUGGCGUUGUCUGUUGUUUCCUACUUUCUGGGCCUUGUCAUGCUGACAGAGGGCGGCAUGUACAUCUUCCAGCUCUUCGACUCCUAUGCAGCCAGCGGCAUGUGUCUCUUGUUCGUGGCCAUCUUCGAAUGCGUAUGCAUCGGCUGGGUGUACGGAAGCGAUCGUUUCUAUGACAACAUUGAGGACAUGAUUGGGUACCGGCCACUGUCUCUUAUCAAGUGGUGCUGGAAGGUGCUGACACCAGGAAUCUGUGCGAGCAUCUUCAUCUUCUUCCUGGUCAAGUACAAGCCGCUCAAGUACAACAACGUCUACACAUAUCCGGCCUGGGGCUACGGCAUCGGCUGGCUCAUGGCGCUGUCCUCAAUGCUCUGCAUCCCUCUGUGGGUCUUCCUCAAGGUGUGGCAAACAGAGGGCACCCUGUCUGAGAAAUUCCGAAAGCUGACGGUCCCCAGUGCCGACCUGAAAAUGCGUGGCAAGCUCGGGUCCAGCCCACGGAUGGUGACGGUGAAUGACUGCGAGGCCAAGCUCAAGGGCGACGGGGUGAUCGCGGCCAUCACAGAGAAAGAGACGCAUUUCUGAGGGCCCUGGGACCACUCGUGGCCACACCACGCCCGCACCCCCACGCCUCCUAACCUUAGUCGCCCCGUGCCGCUCAGGAGCAUUAACCUUGUAAGGAGUCACCCCGGGGUCCAAUCACAGUCCCCUGCCCAGGUUUCCUUGAGUAAUGAUGUCAGAUAACAAGAAGAGCCGAGGCUGAAUCUGUGCUUCCCAGGAUCAGGUAGAACCUAGUUUUGGAUUGUGGAAUGCACGGUGGGUCCACCCUCACCCUCUUCAUGGGUCCCGGCCACCUCUGCAGUCCUUCCUGCAUGUCCCCCCAGAAUUCUGCUCUGCCAGAAUCCUGUCACAGCCAUGAGGACGGGUCAAAGAGGUACCUUCUGUGACUUAUGUGACCUUCCCAUGACCUGGUCCUUCCUCUUUUCUGUGACCUGGUUCUUUCUCCCUUCUUCAUGAUUUGUUCCUCCCUCCUCUCUGGGGCCUCCAUGUUUGUUCCCCUCACAGGGCUGUGGGGUUCAUUCUUGCCCCAAGUCCUCCCAGGCUCUGCUGGCCCAGCUAGAUGGUCCUCCCCACCUGCCUGCCCUACCCUUACACAUUCAAGGUCAGCUAAGCUCUGUGGCAUCACCCAGCCCACAUCAGCUGGGUGUUAUGGGGGACACCUUCCAAAAUUUCCCCAUGAAGUCUGUUGUCCCUUCACCUCCCAGGAGGUGGACAGAACCUCUGCUCUCCUUCAAGGCAGUUCUGCCCUGUCCAGCGCUGGCUGUAGGGGGGUUCAUUAAGGCCAGACGCCCAGUGAGGAGCUGAGCUUCACUCACCC